GCCUCAGCACCACAGGAAAUGGCUGUCGUGGGAGCGCUCGCCCUGGCAGAGGGGCCGAGCUGUGCGUGUGUGUGUGUGCGUGCGUGCAUGCGCGCAGGCAGGGGGGUGGCUGCCUUAUGGAUUUAUUCAAGGCUGGGAGUGAACACAUGGGUGGCUGUUGUUGGGUUUCUUUAGCCCGGGGCGGCUUUCAGACUCGCCUGCCGGGGUUAUGGAUUCAAUCGUUAUUCAGGAGCGAUUAGUGGAGCGGCUGCUUUCUCCCCGGACGCAGGCCCAGAGAAGCCACCUGGUCAAGCUGAAGGACCAUGAGAAGCAGUAUGUGGGAUUCGCCACCCUGCCUAACCAGGUGCACCGGAAAUCUGUGAAGAAGGGCUUCGACUUCACCUUGAUGGUCGCCGGAGAGUCGGGCCUGGGGAAAUCCACCUUGGUGAACAGCCUGUUCCUGACCGAUCUUUACAAAGACAGGAAGCUUCUCAAUGCCGAGGAGCGAAUCAGCCAAACGGUGGAGAUCCUGAAACACACUGUGGACAUUGAGGAGAAGGGCGUCAAGCUGAAGCUGACGAUAGUCGACACCCCAGGCUUUGGAGAUGCUGUGAACAACACUGAGUGCUGGAAGCCCAUCACCGAUUACAUCGACCAGCAGUUCGAACAGUAUUUCCGCGACGAGAGCGGCCUGAACCGGAAGAACAUCCAGGACAACCGAGUGCACUGCUGCCUCUACUUCGUCUCGCCCUUCGGGCACGGGCUCAGGCCGGUGGACGUCGAGUUCAUGAAGGCUCUGCACGAGAAGGUGAACAUCGUGCCCCUGAUCGCCAAGGCCGACUGCCUGAUCCCCAGUGAGAUCCGGAAGCUAAAGGAGAGGAUCCGGGAAGAGAUCGACAAGUUUGGGAUUAAAGUUUACCAGUUCCCAGACUGCGACUCUGAUGAAGAUGAGGAAUUCAAACAGCAAGACCGAGAGCUGAAGGAGAGCGCUCCCUUUGCCGUCAUCGGCAGCAACACGGUGGUAGAGGCCAAAGGCCAGAGAGUGCGUGGGCGGCUGUACCCGUGGGGCAUUGUGGAAGUGGAAAACCAGGCGCACUGUGAUUUCGUGAAGCUGCGGAACAUGCUGAUCCGGACACACAUGCACGACCUGAAGGACGUCACCUGUGAUGUUCACUAUGAGAACUAUAGAGCUCAGUGCAUCCAGCAGAUGACGAGUAAGCUGACUCAGGACAACAGGAUAGAAAGCCCCAUCCCUAUCCUGCCCCUCCCGACGCCUGAUGCUGAAACGGAGAAGCUGAUCAAAAUGAAGGAUGAAGAGUUGCGGAGGAUGCAGGAGAUGCUGCAGAAGAUGCAGCAGCAGAUGCAGGACCAGUGAGAGCCAAGAGGAUGGAGAGCAAAGGGAAUCCCUGGCGACCUUCUGGGGCCCAGCUUGAGAAGUGGCCGUCGUAGGAAGAAGUUCCCCGUUGCGUAGAGACUUGUGGGCGAGAGCUGUGCCCCCCCACCCCCUAAUUUAUUAGCAGUGACACUGGCUUUCCUGUCAGCUGGAGUGUGGAAGAGGCUCUUCACUUAGCAAUUUACUGGUGUGUUUUUCUUUUGUUCCUUUUAAGCCUGGGAAGUGUCUAAGGCAUUUUUAGAACCGUUCCAACUUCCAGAUGUACUCAGCCCUGGCCAGGGAACACGCCUCUGUUCAAAGUCACGGUUUCUAUGGCGUAUGAGCUUGAAGACUCUGUGUAAAUGCACAUUAAUGUUUACUCCCAACCAAGGUGCUGGGACCCUCCCCCCCACCCCCCCGGGCCAGGGUGGGCACCUAGAAGGACAAAUGUUCCCUCUGCACCAAGAGCUCAUGAGUUGGACCCAGUCAGCCACCCCUCCCCCAUUGGGGGAUUCCAGGCCACCCCCCUGCUCUGCAUGGGAGAGCAGUGGGCUGGGGACGGGGGUGCGGGGUGGAGUUGAUCAGGGGACACUGGCCUGCGGGGGUAUUUUUAAGGUGCCUGAACAUUCCUGUCUAAUUUUCCUGUUGAGAAACUCCAGGAUCUUUUGCACUGAGAGGGGAGAGAUCAGCCCCACCCACUAGGUUAGAAGAUACCAGCUUCCCCUGCCCUCAUUUGGAGCAGUGUUUCUUGACGGCCGGUCCCUGGCCUGGCGCCGGUCCCUCAGAUCUCCUUGACACAGCUUAGGAAGGCAGGGAGCCGGUCCCUGGAAUCAAAAACGUUGAGAAACUCUGGUUUGGAGUAUAGGGGUGAGGAUGCGGCACUCGGUGCUGGGAGAUCCCGGCUUGCAGACACAAGGAAUACAGGAGCAGCCCAUGAGGUGCCAGCAUCUUCCCAGCCAGCCCUGCCCUUGCUGUGGCCAAACCAUACUGUGGAUUUGAGUCCCUGGCAGAACUAGGGAGCUUGGUGGCUUUUCCUUCGCUUCCUGCUCUCUCUGGGGUGAGGGAAGGGGUAUCCCUGGUGUAGCCCCCGCCAUCCAGCCUGUGCAUAGCCCUUGGGCUCACUGGGAAAGGUGACACGCCAGCCAGAGGGACCAAAGAGCUGAGGGCAGCGUCCCAGUUUGUACCUGACCAGGGGAAGCCUCGGGGCAGGAGACAAACCCUAAAUACGGAGCUUUCCUCAUCCCUGAGCAUUCGCAGCCUUGCUGGCCCCUGAGUCCGUCCUGCUGGGGAGGGAGGACAUUUUCCUUUGCACCGUUCUCGCUGUGCACACGGGGGAGCUGAAAGACUUCUAUCGGGGCAGAGGAGGCAAGACAGGCUAUGUACGCGGCUGGCCUUAUGGAAAAUGGCACCCUUGGCUGCCCUUCCCCGCCCCACUCAUGGCUGCACAGGGAGGAGUUUCUGAGCCUGGGGGCUCCCCUGACCGCCUAGCAGGAGGACGGGAAGGGGAGACCCAGGGGCUGGCCCGCUGGCUCCGCAGGGGCAAGCCCGGCUGCCUGCACCUCGCCGCCUGGCUGGCAGCUCCAGGCGGUAUCAUCCGCCCCCGGCCCAGCUGGCCAAGGGCUUCAGCCCUGGGCUCGCCUGCAUUCACUCCCAUUCUGGCAGCCCAGGCCUGCCAUCUUGUGGCACUUGGAUGGCGCCUCCCUGGGCAGUCGCCCAUGUCUCCCACCCGUAAGGCUGGCCCUGGCUGUGUAGGGAGCAGGUUGGUGCUGAAUGGGUUGUGAGCAGCAAGGGAGCAUUUGAGUCCCUGGGAGGAGGCUUAGUACAGCCCAGCUCCGCUGGCCAUGCACUGCCCCCUCUCUUCCCUGUCACCCAGGACUCCACCCAGCAGCCUUUCUGGGCAGUAGCUUUAGGCAUCCCCCGUUUCCCGCCCCUGGUCCUAGCCAUGGGGACCUGCGUGGUUGAGUCCCAGCGCAGGGCAAGCGGGCAGGAUCUGGUGGCAGAGAUACGAGGGCUGUGUCUGCAGCAGCCGCUGUCCUGCUGUCAUUUGCAGGGUUAUUUUUAACCAAGCACAGUAAAGGAGCAACCAGCAGUGUGGCCUGUCUGAUAGUAAUGCCACUGGCCGGCCAGGGAAAAUGGGCCCGGAGGCUAACUGGGUCUUCCCUUAGACUCCUUGGAGUGCUGGCAAGGAGCUGAUUGCCUGAUGCACAUGGGGGUGGGUCCUUCUUGCCCAGCCCCUGGUUCCCGCUCUGAGUCCUGUGGGUGCCCAUUUACCUGUGGCUUUGUGUUGUCCAGCUCUGACUCCUUGAUGGCCGGCUCUUGGUGUGACACGCGGCGUUGGCUGGGUCUGGUUAAGUGCCAGGGCUGCUUCUGCUAGCAGUGUGUCAUGCUGGCUUCUCUCAGCAGGGCCCUGGGGCCUGAUCUCUUGUCCUGUUGGUGAGUAGCUGGGGCGGUGUCUGUUACUCACAGGCAAGCCUCUUUUGUCUUGGGUAGGUGUAGGAGAGACGGGACAGACCUCAGAAAUAAUGAGGAGAGGCUAAGCUAACGAAGGGCAGCAAUGCCUCUUGGACAGAUGUCUAAGCUAGGCCAGGGCAAACUGGACCUCUCAGCUUAGAGGCUGGCUCAUUUAAGAGGCCUCUUUUGCUGCCCCAGUGAAGUGCAGAGUGGUGCAGUGUGUCUGGGGCCCAAACUCAGGCCAGAAGAGCAAUGUCACUAUCUCCCCAGCUCCUUUGUCCUGUCCCGUCCCCUCUGUGCGAAGCACGUAAGAGAUGGGCAGUGCCAUGCCAGGGUAGACUGAGGGGCCAUUUACUCCUGUCUCCAGCACUGUCCAAUGCCAGAUGCUUAAAGGGAAAGUGUGAGCCGCCUCGCCAUAAUGCACUUGCUUGUGUGGUAAUGUAGCCCGAGGGGGCAGCUUCUUCCAGGCCUGGGCUGGUGAUCAGCUACUAUCCUGACGCAUGAGGAUUGCUAACUUGUAUCAGUUUUGUUCGUGCUAGUGUAACUGCAAAUGCUGUUCCUGUUCAUUGGAGUGUCUGUUCCCUUUUUGUAAGCUUGAUAAGUUCCUUGCUUCUGCAUUAUCCUGAGGCAGUGAGUUCCACAGGUUAACAAUCUGUUGCAGGUAAGGUGGUAACAUUUCCAGACCAGCUAAGGGGGCCUCUGUGUCCAGCAUGUUUUGGCCCAAGAAGGGGUAGAGGAGAUCAUCUUCCCUUUAGCAUUAGAUGACAGUUUGGUUGAGUGCAGCCUGCAGCUGUACUGGUGGUUGACUCCACAAGCAAGGCAUUGAAGCAGGACACUGCUGUGGGUCUGAGGCAUUUGGCAGGACAGGGCACCGCAGCCAGAAUUGCUGACUAAGACAUCUGCCCCCUUUCCCGGCGAGGACAUCUCCAUCAACUCAGUGCAAACUUCUUCUAAAUCAGGUAACGUUUCCCAGACCCAUUCCACACAGAGCUGAACUCCUCAGCCAUGGGCAGGGGUUGCGUGGCAUCAGAGAGGGAAAAGCACCUUCUGCCAAGGCAGCUAGAGCUGCAGCUUCUCCAGAGUGGCAAGUAGGACCACAGAGACCCACCAGCAAAGACAACACAGCAGGUUUCCUUCCUCUCGGGAGGCUGUGGGGAGGGUUGGCUGCCUGGAAAGACAUUGGAAAUGGUGGUGAGCCCCUGGAAUGCUCUGGAGAUCUGCCCUCUGUCUGCGUGUUCUCAGAGUGGAGUCUUCCCCUGUUGAAUUGAGCUGCCCUGUGACUGGUAGAGGCGUUCCUGGGUAAGCAUGGCUGGCGGUUCCUCCCCUGGCAGCGAAGGAAGUAGAGAGUAUGGCUAGGAUGCUCCUUCCCCCUAACACACACCCCUACACACACACACACACACACACACCCCUGCAUCCUAAGCCUUUGCCAGUUUUUUGCGCUUCUGAGCAACUCCAGGCUCUGAGUCUGGCUCCACCGAGUUCUCGUGAGCUGUCGCUGGGCUGGGGGUUGUGGGUGCCACGUCUCAAACCGUGUGCCUGAUUUGGGAGGUGGUUGUGGGAUGAACCCGUUUGUGUGCCAUUGGUCCUGGCUCUGCCAGCACUCGCUGACCACCUGCAUGCCUUGUCCUGCAUCCUGUUCCUUUGGGGGUUGUGGGGGGGGGGUCGGGAUUCCAUUCUUCACGCUGUGCGGCGGCUUUCCCUGCUCCUUCAUUGCACACGCAGUAACCCUGGCUUGCUGGUGACCAUGUGAUUUCUGCAUCCCCUUGCUCUGUUCUUAGGCGCUUCCUUUCCCCGUUGUCGGUUUGGUUGGGUUUUUUUGUACAUUACUGUUGAGUACUUUGUCAUUGUGAACGAAGAGAAACAAACCCUUUGGAAACGUAUCCAUUUUAUUAAAAUGAUGAUGAUGGCUAUUAUUAUUAUUAAUAAUGUUUACUACCUGAACUGGUCAGUGAAAUAAAUACAUGAAAAAAACCCA